GCCAGCCAGAGCAUCUGUCCUGUCUGUCAUCUGUCAUUUCAUUUACAACUGACGUAAGGUUUCUUGUUUUGUUUGUUCUUCGUCAUGAAAGUCAGAAUUGUUUAAGUUUAGUUUAUGAGAUAUGAGGUUUGAUUGUUGUCAAAGAGUGGAAUUUGAUUAAUCUUAUUUACUUUUAUAACAAACCAAUGUUUCAGAAGUGUAUAUAGUCCCACCAAAAAUAUAUUGUAUCUUUACUCGACCGCUCAUAUCGACGCUAACUAGCAGAUACCUACUUGUACAAUGGCGAAUAACGCCUUAAAGACAGAAAGAAAAUAUAAAACACCACCAGCUGACAAAAUUAUAUUGAUAAAUAAAUAUGGUUGGAACAAAGAGCCUACUUCAAAGUGCAGUGAGAGGGCGUUGGCAGUGGCAAGUUGUUUGGUGAUUGUGUUAUGCUCUGCCGCAGCAUGUGUUGCUGUUUACCACUCCUGGCACAGAGAAGACAAUGCGCUUCAGGACUUGCAAGUUAUAAAGGACAUUGUUGUUGAACACUUGCUAAGGUAUAAUGUAUCCCGAGUGGCACCAUCUAAAGUAAUAUCCUGUUACUACAACUUCCCCAGUGAGAGUGGCACCGGUCAGCUGAUGCCGGCUGAUAUUCAUCCCUACCUAUGUACUCAUAUCAACAUUGCUUUUGCUCGAGUGGUUAAUAAUGAGAUCUCAUUAGAAAAGUAUCAGUAUAAUACAUUACUUGAUAUUGUGAAACUCAAGCAUGACAAUCCUGGCCUCAAAAUUCUCUUGUCAGUGGGAGGUGCCAAAAAUGAUAAUGGCUUUCCAGAUAUGGUGUCAAACCAUCAAUCUAGAAAAACUUUUAUUAAGUCCAUUAAGUAUUUGCUGAGAAAUUAUAGCUUAGAUGGGAUCGACCUUGACUGGGAAUUUCCAGCAUUACAUAGUUCACAAGUGGGUGGUCGUGAAAGGCAACAUUUCUCACAACUACUUCGAGAGAUCCGUAUGGAAUAUAUUAGAGAAAAAAAGAACUAUGUUCUAACUGUGGCUGCUGCUGCUCAACAGACUAUAGUUGAUGUUUCCUAUGAUGUCGACCAGUUGAAUCAAUAUGUUGAUUUUGUAAAUAUCAUGACAUAUGAUUUUCAUUACUUUACCAAGUUUACUCCUUUCACUGGUUUCAACUCUCCACUGUAUCGGCGAAGCACCGAACAGCUGUACUUGGCUACACUGAACAUUAACUACACAGUUCAAAUGUACCGUGACAAAGGGCUUGAUCGCACUAAAAUUGUGGUUGGCAUUCCUACUUAUGGCCAUACAUUCUCCUUAGUCAAUGCUAACAAUCAUCAAGUGAGUAGUCCAGCAUCUGGGUUUGGAUCUCUCGGCUCUUCAGGAUUUAUCAACUAUCCUGAUGUGUGUACAUUUGUGUCAAAUGCUAGCAAUGUCACCAUUGUGCAAGAUAAUGAAGCCAAAGUUCCAUAUUUAUAUAGGGAACAGGAAUGGGUGUCUUAUGAAGGCCCUCAAAGUGUUAUGGAGAAAGCUAAAUUUAUCAUAGAAAACGAUUUAGGGGGAGCAAUGAUAUAUUCCCUGAACGCCGACGACUUCGAGGGUGUCUGUCACGGUGAGAUGGCAAGCCCGAGCGCCAGCGGCUUCCCACUCUCUUUAACCAUCAGCAAUACAUUAAAAAAUUCUGUUAGUGCCUCUAUUGGAGAUGGACCAUAUUAGUCAUAAUGUGAAUGUUAUAGUUAGAUAAUUCAAAACAAGAUGAUUUAAACAUUCGUUCUAAUAAGCAUUUACUUUAGAAAGUUACCUGUUUUUUCCGUGUCACGUAAGUUAUUUUAUACAUGGUGCAGGUUUUCAUAAUUAUUGUGAAGGAGAGUAGGCGACACUACCGACUAGCGAGCCGGCGGCGGCGCGCGGGCGCCCACGCGAGCGAGCGAGGCCGCUGGGCGCUCGGCGUCGGCGUCGGCGUCGGCUCGGACCGCUCGCACCGCUCGCGCCGCUCGGCCGGCGGCGCGCCAAGCACUGCUGCGCGCCCGCACAGAACCGCAUACAUUAUACUUCUAAUUAACUUUUACAGUUUAAAAAAAUGGACUGUUGCCUUACCUUACUGUUUGAUUAACAACAAGCUUUCCACUCCACUGACUGCGCUUACGACUCUCCGGUACGCUUGCGUGUCACGCAGGCCUGUACGACUCACUAUUCUAGUAAGAACUUACAUACCUACUUACCCACCGAAAUAUCCAAACAAAAUAUUAACUGUGCAAUAUGUAGGUAGACCUCACAGGAAUCGGGUGCCCAUGUAGAUACAUAAUUAUUUUAAAUCAAUUAUCUAAAUAAAAUAACAUAUCCUACGUAUAAGUACCUACCUAAUUAAUCUGUACUUCUGUACUAAUAUUAUAAAGAGGAAAACUUUGUUUGUUUGGCUGUAAUGGAUAAACUCAAAAACUACUGGACCGAUUUAAAAUAUUCUUUCACCAUUAGAAAGCUAUAUUAUCUGCGAGUAACAUAGGCUAUAUUUUAUCCUGGUGCGGGCAGUAGCUCCCACGGGACGCGGGUGAAACCGCGGGAAAACGGCUAGUUAUUAGUAUUGUUAUUGCUAAGGAUUUCUAUAUCAUAUUUAUGAAAAGGCUGUUUACCUACUGUGAUACAGACAAUAAGACUUCGAGAGACCCAAAUAUAGCAAUAACGUACAUUGUAUCUACUUAUUAUGUAAGUGCUAAAAUAAAAAUUGUGUCAUCAUUAUGAAUGUACAUAUUAUAUGAUAUUAAUAUAUGGUGUAAAAAUAAAGAUAAACACUAAACUAAUAAAAAUGUUUUAAUAAGCGUGUUUUAAUAACGUCCCGCCAGAUUGACACAGCAGGAACGCUACAUAACAUAGCAGUCUUAAUAAUGUCGAAAUUUAUUCGUAAUAGCAGUUUUAACCUAGCGGGCAUUCUGCUGCUAAUAUAAGACUAAUCAUAUUCCAAUGACAUUCUGCUAUUUUUGUGAUUGUGGUCUAUACGGUAGUUUGCUCUGCAAUCAUCAUCAUCAUUGCAAUCGUAGGUAAGUAAAUCAUUUGCAGACAAAAUUAUUCAUUAUGACUUAAAAUGAAUUACAGAAAAGGACUUUUAUUUCAAUCGUAAUUGAGUCGGGAUUGGAUCUCAGUCGAAUGUGAAUCGUAUGUCGCUUAAGUAAAAUUAGGAGAGUCGGGCCCCUGCUAUUUGGCUUAUGGGGUAGUCUGCUCUACAAUCAUAUUGCAAUCCUAAAUCAUUUGCAGACAAUAUGAUGAUUCAUUAUUGAAUCUCAGAAACUGAUAAAAACGUUUAUUUAUAAGAAAAAAUAGCGGAAUGCCACAUACGGUUCAAUCGUAAUUGAGUCAUGAUUGGACCUCAGUCGGAGGUGAAUCGCAUGUCGCUUAAGUAAAAUAGCAAAAUCGUGCCCCUGAUGUGCUGCUCUGCUCUCAUCUUAUUGGUAGUUGCGUUGUGACCCAGUGUCGUCUGUGUAGCACCUACGUAGUACCUACCUACCUUGACUUUGAGUUAUAAUCUAGCUGACAUUGACUUACUAGAAUGGAAAACUAUCUACAAGCAGAUCUAUGUGGGUGUAAAUCAAUGUAUUAGUUUAUGAGUGUUUUAUGUAUAUGUAUUUUUAUGGGCCCUGGUUGCCUGAAAUGAAGGAAUAAAUAAAGAAAUAUAAGCUCA